AUGAAGGACACCGACCACGACCAGCAGCAGCCGCCGCCGCCCACAGCGAGCCGCGCCAACGCCAUCGCGCGGCUCCUGGCGAACGGCAACCUCGUGCUGCGGGUCCCCGGCGCUGGCGUGGUGUGGCAGAGCUUCGACCACCCCACCAACAUGCUCCUCCCCGGCAUGAAGCUGGGCGUGGACUUCCGCACGGGGCUGGACCGGCACAUGUCCUCGUGGCGCGCCACGGGGGACCCGUCCCCGGGGGAGUACACCUUCCGCCUCGGCCACGCGCGGGGCUUUGAGAUCACCUUCGUCAACAACGAGUUCAAUCACCGUCGCCUGCUCCACUCGCGCGGGCCUGCCGCGCUCGACCGCGUGCCCCGGUUCCGCUUCGACGCGUUGGGCCGCGGCAACCACGCCGGGCGCAACGACCCCGACGACAUGUACCUCUGCAGCGCGCACGCCAUCAGCGGAAGCGUCGGCCUCAUCCUCGACCCCGACCCGCGCCGCCGCGGCCGCUACCUGGUCGCGCAGCUCUACCCGCGCGACUCGCGCGCACCUGCGUUUCGUUCCGCUGCCCGCCGACUUCGAGAUGCGGAAGGACAUCUUCCAAAUCCACCGCGCGACGUCGCGCAACGCCGCCGCAUCCCUCCAGGCGAAGGCCAACUCCGCUACGCUUUGCACGACCUCCAUGACAUCGCCAUAGCCGCGCCUGUCAAGUGUUCGACAGAUUGCCUGGGCGCCAACAUCAGCCUUCUGGCGUUAACGCACGCUGUCGAAGCUGUGCCAACAUCAUCACCAACCUCCAUGGCCGCACUACAGAAGGUUUACUUCGACCCUGCUGGUAUUUUCACCAACUCACCCACCACCUGUCCUGGGUACCUCGCAUCAGCUCAGCUUUUUGAGGAUUGUUCAUGGAAGAUCUCCACUGUGGUGUUGCUGCUAAGCACGCGUGUCCAGCAGACUCGUCACAUUGAUGGCAAGCUUUUGGAUUGGGAGCUGAGUGUACAUGUGCCAUUCUUCGUGGGCUGCGCUCGCCCCGGCUCGUGCGUUGGCUGUAUUGACACUGGAGGUGCAAACAGUAUGGGGUGCUGUGGUUGUCUCUGGAAAGAUGCAUGGCCAGGCAGCCUGCGCCGAUGGAUGGCUAAAAGUUUGUUGCUGCAUGAGAAAACAGUUGUUGAAGUAACACACGUUGCUAUGAAGCCAUGGCCACCUCCUGCAAAUCUUCAUAAUAGCAUUGCAAGUGAGCCUAUUGAGACAGGUCCAGUUAAUUCAUUUGUGCUGCUAAGGGCUCCUGUUUUGAGGCUUCUGGCAGUGGUACAAGUCCCAACAACAGUUUCCGGAUUCAGGACAAGCAGUUCUCUGAACUUUUGGCCCAUUAUUUACAGUUAUUUAGUCACCUAUAUCAAACAGUGGGAUCGCGACCGUGCUGCACAACUGGGGCCUAUUAUGAACAAUUGCUUGGGUUCUGCCGCUACUAGUGAGAGUUUGAUUCUUGAGUACUCAUUUCCUCCAAAGGAUCAGAUGGGUCGCAUAUAUCUCAUCAUUGAUAGAAGAACUGGGCUGCUACUUGGUGUUGACAAAUGGGGCCUGAUUGAUAGAUUGGCAGGUGCACGUACAACCAUGCAUACAAUUUGGGUGAAGAGUUUUGGGCGAUGCCUGCAUAAUUAUAGCAAGCUUACAAGCACACUACAAGCAGAAGACUGCAGCAGACAGCAUGGCUCAUGA